UGUAAUAGAAUGGUAGGGGAAACGGGAAAUCAAAUACACUCUCCAAUAUUGUGUGUUGUGUGUAAAUUAAUAUAAAUAGUUGUUGACGCGAAAAGGCAGACAAUAUUUUCAUAACAUGUUGAUAUAAAUUUUCUUAAAGUAGUACCAAUAGGUGCCGUUAAUAUGUGUAGUUCAAAGGGUUAAAUUGAAAAACAGUUAUGUAGUUUGUGUGUAGUUUUUUCUAAAUUUGUGUUGUUUAUUACCAACUCGUAUUUUUAAUUAUGAAGACUGAUGGGAUUUUAUUUUUAUUACUAAUUCCUAGUAUUACUUUCCUUCAGGUGACUUUUGGUGCAGAAUUGGUCAUUCAUAUCCCUGGGAAUUUAGGACAAGAUGGCGUUGUUUAUAGACUAGAUUAUUUCCCUCCAAUCGGUCAUCCGGCACCGAAUACCACCAUCGCUUCCAAAGAUAUUAGAGAUGUCAUUAAAUUUUCUCAAGCUCUACCUGGAACUAAGUAUGACUUCUGGUUGUAUUAUUCUAAUGCUACGCACAACAUGCUAACUUGGACUGCCAAUUUUACAACAGUACCUGAUCCACCUUCCGGCCUAUCGGUAGACGUUAGAAGUGGAAAAACCGCCAUUAUAUCAUGGGAAUCUCCUACCCAGGGGAGCUUCACUAGUUUUAAACUCAAGAUAAAUCCUCUAGUUCACAUUUCGGAACAAAAACAACAACCUAUUAUCAUCGAUAACGUAGAUAACAACAUGUACGUUUUAAAGGAUCUCGUACCAGGAGCUACGUAUCAAGUACAAGCGUUCACAGUUUUCGAAAACAAAGAAAGCGUCGCAUACACUUCCAGAAAUUUCACUACAAAACCUAACACACCGGGAAAAUUCAUAGUAUGGUUCAGGAACGAAACUACCUUACUAGUUUUAUGGCAACCCCCUUAUCCGGCAGCUAUUUAUUCCCACUACAAAGUAUCCAUAGAUCCACCAGAUGCGAACGAUAGUGUUCUUUAUGUAGAAAAAGAAGGAGAACCUCCUGGACCUGCCCAGGCGGCUUUUAAAGGAUUAAUACCGGGUAGAGCUUAUAAUAUUUCCGUACAAACUAUGUCAGAAGAUGAAAUUUCCACACCUACCACUGCUCAGUAUAGGACAGUGCCUUUAAAACCACAAAGAAUUUACUUCGACAGGGAUAAGAUUACAUCCCAUUCGUUUGUCGUACAUUGGGAUCCUCCUAGUGGGAAAAGUGAAUUCGACAAGUAUCAAAUAUCGUUGGGAACCGUACGGAAGCCGCCCCCGGUUCCAAGAUCGAAAGAAGACUUGACAUUUUGGGAAUUUAAAGAUAAUUUAGAACCUGGUAAAACCUACUCCGUUGUAGUUAAAACAGUAUCAGGCAAAGUGACAUCGUGGCCGGUCAGCAGUGAGGUGACGUUAAAACCACUACCAGUGAAAUAUUUACGAACAACUACCGAUCCAAAAACUGGUACGGUUAGUAUCUUCUGGAGUCCCGAUCCGGCUAGUACACAAGAAGGAUAUUUGGUAUCGUAUCAUGAAGCAGAAAGUACAACGGGCGAUAGUAACACCAUUACUACAAAUCAAACGGAAAUAAGUCUGGAAGCUUUAUUGCCCGGUAGAAAUUAUUCAUUGACAAUUCAAACUGUCUCUAAAGAUCAACUGUCAACAGAAGAAUCACUUUAUGUGGCGACCAAACCUAGCGCACCUGUUAUAGAAGAUCUUAGACCGAUGAUCGACGGUCUUAACAUCAGCUGGAAAUCUGAUGUCAAUUCAAAACAAGAUAAAUUCGAAAUUCAAUGGAUAAGAAACGAUACGCACGAAAGAAAUAUUAGAACGAGCUACGAAUCAAAGAUUAUAUUGAGUCAUCUUUAUCCGGGUGCUGGGUAUCUGGUUAAAGUGUUUGCAAUAUCACACGGUUUGAAAAGUGAACCGCAUGAAUAUUUUCAACCUGUAUUUCCGAGACCUCCCAGGAACAUGUCUAUCGAAAAUACGAAUACGACAACUAAUUCGGUGAUCGUUCAAUGGUCAGCUCCGACAGAUUCCUUAAUAUCCGAAUACGCGAUACGUUAUAGGACCGAAAGUGAUAACCAAUGGGUCAGACUGCCUGCCGUCCAAAAUACCGAAGCCGAAGUGGCCGACAUGACACCAGGAGAACGGUACACAAUCCAAGUGAAUACAGUGAGUUACGGUUUGGAAAGUAACGAACCGCAACAAUUAAAUUAUACAGUCAGACCAAAUCCAGUGUCGAAUAUUAAUCCUGUAGUGGAUUCGAACAAUGUAACAUUGGUAUGGCCUAGACCGGAUGGUAGAGUCGAUGUUUACAUUGUCAAAUGGCGUGAAUCUAUCAAUCCAACGAAUACGAAUAAACAAAAUAUCAAUCAAACUCAAAAUGGAACUGGUCCUAUUCGAAUGUUGAUAAACGAUUUAAUGCCUGGUGUCGAAUACACUUUUGAAAUUCGAGCUAUUUCCAACGAUUUAGAAAGCGAAACGACCGUCGUAAAAGCACGUACAAUGCCAUUGAUCCAAUCGGAAGUAGUAGUUGUAAAUAAUCAACAAUCAACUGAUACGAUCAGUCUCAGAUAUACGCCGACGCCUAUUAGUAUUUCUAGAUUCGAUACUUAUAAAUUUUCAUUGUCUGAUCCGACUAUUCCGGAUAAAGAAAAAUCCGCCAACGAUUCGGAUAGAUUCGUUACUUUCACCGGACUGGUUCCUGGUAGAUUAUAUAACAUCACAGUGUGGACUCUUUCAAAGGAUGUACCGAGUCAACCAUUGCAAAGACAGGAUAGAUUGUAUCCUGAACCGAUAACUGGCAUUAACUCGACGUAUAUCUCCAAUACUGAAGUAACUUUAACUUGGUCUUUACCUCACGGAGAAUUUAACGCUUUCGAAGUACAAUAUUUAACUACGGAAAAUAUUUUCAUUCAAAAUCUGACGACGCACAAUUCUAUAACAAUAAACGAUUUAAAACCCCAUAGGAAUUAUACAUUUACCGUUAUUGUAAGAAGUGGUACAGAAUCUAGUAUAUUAAGAAGAUCUUUGCCGGUUUCAGCUAUUUUUACCACUAAAGAAUCGGUACCGGGAAAAGUGGAAAAAUUCGAACCCGUCGAUAUUCAACCAGGAGAAAUACAUUUUGAAUGGGCCCUACCAAUGACCGAACAAAACGGCGUUAUAAGAAAAUUCACGAUAACGUAUGGCCUAGAGGGAUCUUCUCACAAACUUUCCCAAGAUUUUUCUCCCAAUCAAUUUAGAGGAACGAUAAAACAGUUAGAACCGGGAAAAACUUACGUUUUUUACAUACAAGCGCAAACGAAAGUUGGUUUCGGUCCGGAAAAUUCGUGGAAACAAAAAAUGCCUAUAACCGCACCUCCCGAACCACCUCCACAAGUCGUGCCAACUGAAGUGUGUAAAAGUCCGACAUCGAUUCAGAUACGAUUCAGAAAGAACUAUUUUAGUGACGUCAACGGACCGGUUAUCUCGUAUGCCAUCAUCGUAGCAGAAGAUGAUUCCAAAAAUGCUUCCGGUUUAGAAAUGCCUAGUUGGAGAGACGUCCAAGCUUAUUCAGUUUGGCCCCCUUAUCAGGUUAACGAACCUUAUUACCCGUUCGUGAAUAGUUCUCUUUUGGUUGAAGAUUUUACAAUCGGCGGACAAUCGUGUGAUAUAAGACAAGUAGGUUAUUGUAAUGGCCCUUUGAAAUCGGGAGCUACGUAUAAAGUUAAGAUAAGGGCGUUUACGGCAACAGAUAAAUUCACCGAUACCAGUUACAGUUUUCCGAUUCAAACAGAUCAAGAUAAUACGCCGAUCGUCCUUGGCGUUAUUAUUCCUGUUGUUCUCAUCACUUUACUAUUCAUAACUGUUAUCGUUAUUAGGAGGAAAAGGGCGGCCGGGAAAAGAAAAGCGACAGAGGCUCGCACGAAUGACAGUAUGUCGUUACCAGAUUCGGUUAUCGAGACAAGUAGACCUGUUAGGAUUGAAAAUUUCGCGAAUCAUUAUAGGAUCAUGUCCGCAGAUUCGGACUUCCGAUUCAGUGAAGAAUUUGAAGAACUCAAACACGUAGGACGAGACCAACCUUGCACUUUUGCCGAUUUACCUUGCAACCGACCGAAAAAUAGAUUCACAAAUAUUUUACCAUACGAUCAUUCCAGAUUUAAACUUCAACCUGUAGAUGAUGAAGAAGGAUCUGAUUAUGUUAACGCAAAUUACGUGCCAGGUUACAAUUCUCCGAGAGAAUUUGUUGUUACUCAAGGUCCUUUACAUUCUACAAGGGACGAUUUUUGGCGUAUGGUGUGGGAAUCGAAUUCUAGAUCGAUUAUCAUGUUAACUCGAUGCGUGGAAAAGGGCAGAGAAAAAUGCGACCAUUAUUGGCCUUAUGACACCAUGCCAGUAUAUUAUGGCGAUAUAUCCGUACAAAUAUUAAACGAAUCACGGUAUCCUGAUUGGAAUGUGUCAGAAUUCAUGGUGUGCCGAGGCGAGACGCAAAGGAUUGUACGACAUUUUCACUUCACCACUUGGCCGGACUUUGGAGUACCUAAUCCGCCUCAUACGUUAGUUAGGUUCGUUAGAGCGUUUAGAGAGAAGGUACCGCCGGAUCAGAGACCAAUUGUUGUUCACUGCAGUGCUGGCGUUGGUCGAUCGGGAACUUUUAUAUGUUUAGAUCGUAUACUCCAACAAAUUUUAAAGAGCGACUACGUCGAUAUAUUCGGUAUAGUUUACGCCAUGAGAAAAGAAAGAGUAUGGAUGGUUCAAACUGAACAACAAUAUAUCUGCAUACAUCAGUGCCUUUUGGCCGUAUUAGAAGGUAUAGAUUUAUCUUCUUCACCCAGAGAGAUACAUGAGAAUCAAGGAUUUGAAGAAAUGGUUUGUGUGUUUAUAAGACGUUGUAAAAAGCUGCUAUUCUGUGGUUCAGGCAAAGGUGUCGGUACUACGGUCGAAUCUACUUAUGCACCGGAAGAAAAGUUGAGAUGACGAAGGAAUAGCUGAAUCUGGAAUGUAAGGAAAUCAGAAAUCUGGUUUGAAUUUUAACGGAAAAAAUAUGUAUAUAUAUAUAUAUAUAUAUAUAUUUUGUAUGCAGGUAUUACAAGUAUUUUUUAUUUCAAAUUCAAUCUAAAAACAUUAGAUCUUGAAUAUUUUUAUAUGAAGUAAUUUUUAUUCAUCUUUUUUUUUAAUGUUCUUCUCUAUUGAGAUAAUUACCAAUUACGUAUACACAUAUAAUUAUAUUGAACAAAGUUACAUUUUACUUAUAAUUGAUUAAAUUUAUUUUUAUUGUUGUUAAACGUUGUUUAUGACAUUUGAAUGAAAGAGGAGAAGCUUAUGGUCAACAUAAAUUUAUUUAUUUGAUAUAAUAAAAUUUCCAUGAUUCUGUCUUACAUAGAACACAACAUGUAUUACCUCACGUCACUUCCUAUUUAAGAAGAAUGUUUGAGUCCCAUGGUGUGUUAGAGAGAGAUAUUCAGGUGUCUUAGGGUAGAAAAAUAAAAAUUAUCAUUUAUUUUCCCUCUCCUUUCUUAAUCAAAAAGAAUGUUUGUCAUUUGGUCACUUUUUAAAACAUUGUUGUUAACAACUUUUGAUUGAUCAAAGGUACUUUACUUUGCUAUUGAUGUUGAUCUUAAUUUUUUUGUCUUUAACCUUUUAUGAUACUAAUUAGUCACCAAACCUUUUCAACGCUAUAAUGUUCUUUAAUGUUUAUGUUUUUAUCACUAAACUGUUUUUUUUUUGGUAAUUGAUGGUAAAUAGCAUGUGUUAUUUGAACGAAAGAGGAGAAGCUUGUGGUCAACAUAAAUGUAUCUACUUGACGUAAUAAAAUUUCCAUGAUUUUGUCUUACAUAGAACAUAAUAUUUAUUACCUCACGUCAUUUCCUAUUUAAGAAGAAUGUUCGAGUCCCAUGGUGUGUUAGAGAGAGAUAUUCAGAUGUCUUAAGGUAGCAAAACAAAAAUUAUAAAGAAAAUAAAUUGUCAUUUAUUUUCCUUCUCUUCAUUUCUUAAUCAAAAAUAAUGAUUGUCAUUUGUCACUUUUCAACACAUUGUUGUUAACAGUUUCUGAUUGAUCAAAGGUACUUUACUAUUGAUGUUGAUCUCAAUAUUUUUGUCUUUAACAGUUUAUGAUACUAAAUUAGUCACCAAACCUUUUUUAACAAGAUAAUGUUCUUUGAUGUUUAUGUUUUUAUCACUAAACUGUUUUUUUUUGUUAAUUGAUGGUAAAUAGCAUAUGUUAUUUGAUUGAAAGAGGAGAAGCUUGUGGUCAACAUAAUUGUAUCUACUUGACAUAAUAAAAUUUUCAUGAUUCUGUCUUACAUAGAACACAACAUUCAUUACCUCAUGUCACUUCCUAUUUAAGAAGAAUAUUUGCGUUCCAUGGUGUGUUAGAGAGAGAGAGAGAGAGAGAGAGAUGUUUAGAUGUCUUAGGGUAUGUCACGAUUUUAUAUCUUAUUAAACUGGUUUUUUGGUUAUUGUUGCAAAUAUUUGUUGUUCACUUUUCACUGGUUUUUGAUCAUAAGCAUCCUUCUGUUAUGGAUACAAAUUUACAAAUUUUGCGGACCAUGCAACAUAUAUUACGUUUUUAAUAUAGUUAAAAGUACUGUGAUAAUUUCUGUAAUGUUAAUAUUCGAAUGCUUCAAGUUUAUACUAACAUUUAUCCCUAUCAAGUAUUGUACUUAAUUUUAGUUUUGGUAAAUAUUUAGAAGUGGGGCUCCACCCCAAACUUACUCUAAAAAUUUUUCGCGUAUAUAGGAUUGUUUUUUAGUGCUCCGAAAGUACUUUAAAGGUGGUGGAGACGCAUAUUAUCCGUCAUUUAUUUAUCCGUCAAUUUACUUUGAUUUAAAGUGAAGGUAGAUAGAGGACGAUUUAGCAUUCAUUCCGAGGUUUUAUUGAAUUUUUAGAAAGGAGUGAGAGGUGGAUAACGAAUUAAUUUCUUCAAAAACUCGAUUGUUAGAAUAAAUAAAUCCGAAAUGACUACAGUGCCACAAUACAUGAACAAAGAAAUAUUCAAAAUGUUUGAAGAAAAACGUAAAAAGCCGAAGGGCAUGUUACAAAUUAUGUUAAAAAUAGAAAUUUUUUGUUACGAUUAACCCUUAAAGAAAAUGUUUUUUCCACCUUAACAUAACUGAUUUUACCCCUAAAAGGAUCUGAAGUACAGCAAAAAAUUUUUGUAGUACGUUUCGGGUGGAACCCCACUUCUAAAUAUUUACCUUAGUUUUUAAAUAAAUAUUUUAUCUAUAAA